AUGUGUUCACAGAAACAACUAUGUUGGCCGGAAAGAAAGGCAACUUUUCAGGACACGCUGUUUUACCCUGAAGGAUUAAAGAUACUGGGUCACGGACAGAUCGAGAGAAAAUUCCACGACUACCUAAUCCAAGGAUCUUACCAAAAUUAUAAAGCAGACAGCAUAAAUACAUUUACUGGAUUAGAAACGGGAUUAACCAAACUAAUAUUCACCCCAAGCUACUCUACGAAUAUUGCCAAAGAAAACAGCAAAAAAAAAGACGACUUUAGCAAGGUUUUCCGAGGUUUGAUGGUUGUUUUAAGCUCAAAAAAUACAUCUUCCCAGUAUAAAGAAGAAAAAUUUUGUGAAAACAUUAUUGCCAGAUAUCAAGUAUGCAUUUAUAAUUUUAAAAAUGUUUUCAAGGUUCUCUUUUUGGGUGCAUUAGGAGAAAGCAUUAUGAAUGCUAGUUUCUUCGAAUGUUUAAAGAAAUACGGUGGGUACAAAAAAAAAGAUCUUGCAAGGGAAAUCAACCCAAAUAAAUCCAAUACCAUCGACUGA